AUGAUACCAUGCGUAUUAUUGUACUGUUUCAACCUCCUGUUUUUAGCCUACUUUUUAAAAGUGUCAUGUUCUUCGUGUAAUAUAACCAUUAACAGAAAAAAUGUUAAGUCCUUUGCGUUCAAUAGCUACGCUGAGUACAUAAAUGCUUUGAAAGAGUCAAACCCUGAGUAUGCUGAAGACCUCAUUCCUACAGGGGAUGACGAUAUGCCCGAGGGGGAUGGAGAUGUAGUCGAUGGUGCGGUUGAUGGUGUAGUUGGUGAUGCAGUUGGUGAUGCAGUUGGUGAUGCAGUUGGUUAUGCUGAGGGGGACGUAAAGGCAGGGAAGGAGGGGCCAACGGAGGAGGAAGAGAAGGAAGAGCAGCAUGUGAUGAAGAAAUCCAGACAUAAAUAUAAAUUCCAUGGGGAACCCAAAUUGCAACGCGGAAGGAGACCCAAAGGAGGAAAAAAGGUCGAAAGAAGAAGUCACCAAAGGAUCAAAGAAGACCAUGCACACAGCCAAGAAGUUGACGACUGGGUUGAGUCAAUCUCCCUGCCGAACCUAAAUGUGGACCACGUGGUUCAAUCAGACCACCUAACUGAUGAAGAAGCUAAUCGAGAGAUGCUGUCAGACUACCUACACCCCCAAGUAGACAACCAGAGCAUCCCAUCAACUAGUGUACAAACCGAAGUACCAAGUCCGAGCGUUCAGGCGGAAAACUCUCACGAAGAAAUGAAAAUAGCUAGUCGAAAGAUUUCAAAAAAACGUGCAUCUAGCCACGAGGUGAACAGAAAAGAAUGCAAAGAGAAUAUAGCCCCAACAGCGGGAGCAUGGAGCAUAAGGAAAUAUGCACAAAAAUUGCAGCGAAUUGCGAGAUGGGAAAAAAAAGAGGACACAAAGGAGGAUGCAAAAGAGGGAUCUAGCGAAGAAUCAGACGAACAAUUAAAUGAAGAAAAAAAAGAGGAAACAAACGAAGAGGCAAAAGAGGAUGCAAAGGAAGAAACAAACGAAGAAACAAACGAACAAUCAAACGACGAGUCAAGCGAAGAAUUAAACGAAGACACAACAGAGGAGGCACACACCCAUAACUACGAAAACGUAACACAAGAGACCCUGAAGGAAGAAAAAUGGAGCGAAAAAAAAGAAAGCAGUAAAAGGGGUUGGUUUAGCAGCUACUGGAAUCGAAGUUCAAAAAAAAGUAAACCAAACAAACCAGCAAAUGCUGAGAAAAGAGGAAGAACCAAAAAAUCAAAAUUAAUUCCAUUAAUGCGUAAAAGGACUAAUAUAAAAAAUGAGGAAGACUUUAAGUUAAAUGAACAGAAAUGUUCCGUGACGGAAUUUCCUACCAUGGAUUUAGAUGCGUGUGAAAAGAAAAACUUAGAAAAUGAAACAUCAUUUGACCAGGAGGGAAUGAUACAAGAAAUAGACGACAGUUACCCAAUGGUCCAACCUGUUGAUUACGACAAAACAGAAAAGGAAAUAAAAGAUGAAGAUAAAAUUAUGGGAACAGGAAGAUUCGAUUUUCGUACGAGCUCAAACAAUUCUUAUCUCGUAGGAGAAGGAAUAAUUAAUGCAGAAGAACACGAAGACGUGGGAGGGUCUGAUUCAGAAGCAGGAAAACAUUUAGACACCUCGAGCGGGCAAGUUGUACCAGAAGGGGAAGCAGGGGAAUCUUGCAUUGAGAUAAAGAGGAAUGAUGAAGACGAAGUGCCAAUAAUAGGGGAGAAUAAUAUAACAUUAGGAGGGGUGGAUCAAGUGAAGAACAAAAGCGCAAAGUCGAAGAGGAAGAAAGGAGGGGAGAAAAGGAAAGCAGGCGACACGAAGAGGGAGGAGGAAGAAGUGAAAGUAGAAGAUGACGACACGAAAGAGGAAGAUCCCAACACGGAAGAUAGCCCCAUCGACGGUGACGACGCACAGAACAAACAGGUGGAGGAGGUGCUUAGCGAACUUGGGGAGGAGGGCCUACAUUUGGAAGAUGAACUGUACAGCGACUAUGAGGAUGAAGAUUAUUAUGAUGAUGAUGAUGACGAAGACAGUGAUGAGGAGGAGGAGGAGGAAGAGGAAGAAGACGAUGAUGAGGACGACGAAGACGAUGGGGACGAUGAAGUGGAAGACGUCGAUGAGCUAGUAAAUCAGUACCUGUACGAAGUGGAGCAAAUUGAACUGUCUUUGGGGCUUACAGAAAAAGACGGUUCUACUGAAACGGACAACGUGACUACCCCCUCGGAAGGCAACAAGUUUGACAACGCGAGCUCGGAGAGUAUCGUAAGUGUCAGCACGAACAUAAAUGGAAGUGAUGACGAUUUGGGGGAAGAAAAAGAAUUUGGGAAGAGAGACCGAUACCUAUACAAACCGAGCAAUGUAAAUGUGUACGAAAAGUAUAAAAAGGACCUGAAGUUAUACAGCGAAAUGGUGAAAGAAAAUGAGCUAAAUGAGUUUUACAAAGAAAUAAUAAGAAAUAGAGAAUUAGUAGACAUAAAUUACAAAAAUGAAUAUGCUUUAAAAAUGAAGUACCAUACAGGGUAUGAUUUUUCGUUACACAAUUUACACAUUGUAAAUGAACAAAAGGCAAGUGAAAAAUUUUAUUCCAAUUUUGUAGCAACGGCUGAUGAGGAAGACAAUGCUACAUUUCAGGAAGUGAAUUAUUUUGCGGACUUGACAAAAAUAGAUGUAGAUCCCAUUAUGUUUAAAGAAUUUUACAUAAGAUCUAGUAUAUGUAAUGGGGAAUAUUUACCUUUGAAAAGUACGCUAGUGGAAAAGAUAUGUUUCUUAUCACACCAUUUGAGGAAAGAACCCUCUAUUAAUAGAAUAAAAAUUAAGAGGAAGAAAUCGAUUUUGUAUCGGAUAUUUUUGAAUAUAGCUAAAAAGUUUAGGAAGUUACCCCUAAAACAGUGCAUUAAAAAUGUAGAAGAAUCACACUUACUGGAUAUUCUUUUUCUCCUGAAUGAAGAAAUUGUAAAGGAAUCGAAAAAUGAACUGAACAUUGCGAAAUGUCUAAAUAAUAUAAUGGCUCGAGAUCGUGACUGGUACGAUUUAGUCAACUUUAUCGUUAUGAUUAGUUUUGGUUGUAUAACAUACAUGAAGGAACAUUAUUUCCUAACGGAGGAAGAAAGAAACGUAUUAAUAACUACAGACCAAAUUGUAGAUUUACCCAUAUUUGAAUAUCUGAACUCAAACGUCAUUGACAUUUUUGUCCCCGCAAAUGUGCAAACACAAAUUGAGAUCGACCUGCUGAAAGACAUUACAGAUGCACCUGAAGAUAAGAAGAAAAUGUUUCAAACUUGGUAUGUGUGCUAUUUAUUUACCCAUAAAGUAUAUUUAAUAAAUAAAAUGUGGAAUGUGAUAAAAAAAUGGGAAGCAUCGAAAUUUAUCCCCAACCCGUGGUACAUUGAUCAUGUGGGAAGUGCCUUAGUUCCUGAGGUAAUGAAUUUACAUCACCUGGAGGAAGAUAAGUAUGUCUUUUUCAGGUACAUUGAUCCUUUACAAUUUUUUGUAUCCUUCAAAAGAAGCAAAAAAUACCCCUUACCAAAUUAUGACAAGAACAAUUUCCACUUGGUAGAAAAUAUUGUAGCUUUUCAAGGAACAGCCAGCCCCUUCAUGUGGAUGCUAAAUGUGAUAUACGAACUAGCUUCGUACCCCUUUUUGACAAAGGGAAAAGUGCACAAGGCGUAUUUGUUCAUUUUCAAACGAGUAGUGAAGCCAUACUUGCACGUAUUAAAGAAGAACAUUUUAAAUGAAAUAAAGGAUGAGAAAUCCAAGUAUACCGAAGAGAAUCCAUAUGUCAUUAUAUUUACGGGUCACUCCUUUGGUGCAGCCAUGGCCCAUUUGAGCGCCUUUUAUUUAGCCAAAAUUUUGAAGGCUAAAAAUAAUCCCAAGGUGAAGGUGCUCUCCGUGACUUUUGGCAUGCCCAUGUUUUUUGAUGACCAGUUUUCCGAAGACUUCCGAAAAAGUGGUGUCAUUAGUAAUAACAUCAGUAUUGAUUAUGACCCCGUACCAUUCACUAUGGCAAUUCCUGCACUCAACGAUUUUAAGGACCCAGAAGAAGAAAACAAAUUAUCCAUCAUUUUUAAGGUUAAUGAUUUGAAGACCUUAAAUCAUGAUUUUGGUGAAAAUAUUUUCAACGGAAAUGAACUGUUUCAUCACGAAAGGAAUCAGACUCGUUCCAUGUUACACCUCCUUGUAAAAUAUAUCUUUAACAAUAAUGUCUUUCUCGAGUUGGGAGAGUUACACAUUUCACAGACGCACUACUUUUUUUAUUAUGUGUUCUUGACUCUCCUGUCCGGAUGGGCGAAUGAGGCAGAAUGGGGUACUUUCUUCCUGAUCCCGUUUUUCCUCUUCGACAUUAUUGAUUUCACGCACAGCGAAAUUAUGACCAAGUCGAAGGAGGUGUACAAAAAGUAUAGAGAAGAUUUAAUGAAAAAAUUGCAGAGCAGCCAGAAGUAUAGAAGUAGCACAUCUAAGAAUGUAAAAAAGUGUAUAUCCGUGCUUCACAGAUACGGGUCUGUGAUUUAUGGAUACAAAUCCUUUUUUUUAUGGAUUUAA